CCACACCAAUUUUGUCUUAUCGAGAAGCACAUGUAAUCGAUUAUUAGGCGUUUUAGGAGCAAAGUAUGUCAGCUGCUUAUUGUUUUCACCCUGUUCUUUGUUGUGUAAUUGAUAAGAGGCGAAAAUCAGAAUAAUGCGCAAAACUACAAAUUUUGCAAGCUGUAUUACAAGACGGUCAACCUAUAUGCACUGCCGAUCAUGUACUACUUCCGCGCCCUUGACACAUCAGGCAGUCGAUUGUUGGAACUGCAAGAAAAAGAUAAUGCACCUACAAAAGAUGAUCUGUUCGGAUUGUGGUCACCUUCAAGAUGUUAAUACUUCUAUAAACUAUUUUGAUUUGCUUAGUUUCCCGAUAAAGUUCGAGUUAGAGCCACUUCAGUUGACGAAACGUUUUCGUCAGCUGCAAACUUUAGUCCAUCCUGAUAAAUUUAGUAACAAGUCAGAUCGUGAACAAUCCAAUUCGUCGGAUUGGAGUUCUCUUAUUAACAAGGCCUAUAAAACGUUGGCAACUCCCGUAGAUCGUGGCCAGUACUUGCUUAAUUUGAAGGGCGAGCAGAUGCCUCAGGAUAAUAGUUCUCUUAAUGCAGAGUUUCUUAUGAAUAUGAUGGAACGUAAUGAAGAGGUCGAGGAAGCUGCGGAUAAUGCAGUUCUUGAGCAGUUGAAUAAUCAAAUUAUUAUUGACCUUGAGAAGAAUGCUAAUACUCUAUCGAAACAUUUUGAAGCUAAAGAAUUUGAAAACAUAAAAAAAAUUCUUGUGGAAAUGAAGUAUUUACUAAGUAUUCAGCAGAGCAUAAAAAAGAAGCAACAAUCCCUAAUCACAACAAUAAGUUGAUAAUAACCUACAAUCCAGAUCUGUUGAAUUGCCAGCAUUAUUGACCAUAAACAUAAUAAAAACAAUGAUGAGAACAUGGAAUAGGUAAUUAAAGACUCGAUGAAAUCUUGAUCCUAAAUAAAUGCAAAAAAAAAUUAAUUUCAGUUAAGUGGAAAUAUGAAAAUCAAUAGUUACUUCAUCUAUGUAUGCACAUACAUAUAUACAAUACAUUCGACUGAUCACCGCAGAUAAAUAAAGACUGAAGGCAUUAAAUUAAAAUAUAA